AGAGAGAGAGAGAGAGAGAGAGAGAGAGAGAGAUCUAAUUGAGCAGAGAGCGCAGAAGGGAUUUCUGACAGCCCCAGGAAAGGCAUCGGUUUGGAAAAACAAUAUUAUUGUAUGUUCUGUUGUGAGAGAUAGUAGAUAGUUCUGAUUCAGCAUCUGACACGCCUCAUAGUACAAUAAUGUUAUGUAGUCAUCAGCAUCACUUCUGCAUGAGGGUUUUUUUUAAUAGAUAUAUUAUUGUAUUUUUCACCCACCAACCUGUUUGGACUUAAGAAAAGAAAGAUGCAGGUAGCGUAAUAAACCGAGCAGUCGAUUUCGCAAAGGGAUUACAUCACCUUUAUGCGAAUAGAUAGAUCUAUUUGAAGGAAGGGGAAGAAAGACAGAGCCCCAAAGUCUGUCGGCAAGGAAACAGACGCGCAACGACGGCAUGUUCGUGACAACAUGAAAAAGAAAAAGUGCGAAAGAUUAUUCUGAACGGGGGAGAUCAAGACAGCAGGAGGAGAGAGUCAAGGAAGAGAACACACCCAAACCUGCCAGAGUUCCCUGGUUGCCAUGGAUCCCCCUCCCUCUUUGAGCUUGGCCCUUCUUGCUGGGAGUGAAGAAGAUGAUCAGCAUGCUUCCCACCCUUUGAGUGGUAUCUCCCACACAUCCAUAUCCAGUAACUACCCGGGAAGCAAUCACUCUAACCACACGGGUGGAACCAGCAGCUUAGAGCGGCUCAAUGGCACACCAUCACCAACUGGCCCAAACCUUCCGCCAGUCUCCUUGCCCAAGCUUCCACUGGUGACAACACCACAGCUGCCGGCACCAAUCCCCAAUGCACUGCACCCCACAAGCACACCACUGUCAUCCUGCCUGGGUAGCCAGCAUAGCCUGAGCGGUGAAACAUCACCCAUCUACAACGCCCUCUUUUAUUCAUCUCAUUCCCCGACAGGUGAGCGGGAACGGGAUCGAGGUUGCAAGCACAGGCAGGCCAGUCCGCUGGUGCACCGCAGGGACAGUAACCCGUUCACCGAGAUUGCCAUGAGCUCAUGCAAGUACACUGGUGGUGUGAUGAAACCUCUCAGCCGUCUCAGCGCCUCGCGCAGGAACCUCAUUGAGUCUGACAGUGGAAGUGACAGCAAAGAGGGUGGGGCUGCCACUGGACAUGGGGGAGUGCCCUCCUCUUCCUCUUCGACUACUGCACCCCAGAACCCACCUGAGAUUGUCAUCUCCUCCAAAGAGGAUCCACCAUAUGGACAUGUCUAUGAGCUUGAGUCAUCAGCUAACCAGAUGUCUAUCUAUCACCAGAACCACACCCUCUCUGAGAGCAGGGGGACUCUGGGGUUGACAGGAAGUGGGGGCAAUGGACGACAGGCUGGGGCAGGUGGGGAGACUGGAAGGACAGCAUCCAAAGCUUCUAAGCGCAAGAACCAGAAUAUUGGCUACAAGCUGGGCCACCGUCGGGCGCUCUUUGAGAAGAGGAAAAGACUCAGUGACUAUGCCCUCAUCUUUGGCAUGUUUGGCAUCGUCGUCAUGGUCAUUGAGACAGAGCUUUCCUGGGGUGUCUAUAGUAAGAGCUCCAUGUAUUCCCUGGCAUUGAAAUGUCUUAUCAGCCUGUCUACCAUCAUCCUCCUUGGGCUUAUCAUCGCUUACCAUGCUCGAGAGGUGCAGCUGUUUGUCAUCGAUAACGGUGCAGACGACUGGCGCAUCGCCAUGACCAUGGAGCGAGUGUUGUUGAUCGCCUUAGAGCUUCUGGUCUCAGCCGUGCACCCGGUGCCUGGAGACUUCAAGUUUGUGUGGCGUGCUCGACUCGCAUUCACCUACAUCCCCUCACAGGCGGAGGCUGACCUGGACAUGGUGCUUUCCGUGCCCAUGUUCCUCCGACUCUACCUCAUCGCCCGUGUUAUGCUCCUCCAUAGCAAGCUAUUCACUGAUGCCUCCUCCAGGAGCAUAGGGGCUCUUAACAAGGUGCACUUUAACACACGGUUUGUGAUGAAGACCCUGAUGACUAUCUGCCCAGGCACAGUGCUUCUGGUCUUCAGCAUCUCCCUGUGGAUCAUUGCAGCCUGGACUGUACGAGUAUGUGAGAGGUACCAUGAUGCUCAGGACGUGACCAGUAAUUUCCUGGGAGCCAUGUGGCUCAUCUCCAUCACCUUCCUCUCUAUUGGCUAUGGAGAUAUGGUGCCUCAUACCUACUGUGGCAAAGGAGUGUGUCUUCUGACUGGCAUUAUGGGGGCAGGCUGCACAGCACUGGUUGUUGCCGUGGUAGCAAGGAAGCUGGAGCUGACCAAGGCUGAGAAGCAUGUGCACAACUUCAUGAUGGACACCCAGCUAACAAAGCGGAUAAAGAAUGCAGCAGCCAACGUGCUUCGAGAAACAUGGCUGAUCUACAAACACACCAAGUUGAUGAAGAAGAUCGACCACUCGCGUGUUCGCAAGCACCAGAGGAAAUUCCUGCAAGCCAUCCACCAACUGCGAAGUGUAAAAAUGGAGCAAAGAAAACUGAGUGACCAGGCCAAUACACUAGUGGACCUCUCAAAGAUGCAGAGCGUGAUGUACGAGCUCAUGUCUGAGCUGAAUGACCGCAGUGAGGAUCUGGAGCGCCAGAUGCUGAGCCUAGAGCAGCGAGUGGAGCAACUCACGGCAGGUUUCAGCGCUCUGCCUGCUCACCUAUCAGCCACGCUGAACGCACAGCACGCCGCUCUCAUCCGCUUGCUGCAGGAGCGAGACACCAAGACUCCCAGCCCCAGCGUGCCCGCCCUCAUCACACCCACUCCCAGUGCCAACAACCAGGCCUCAGAGGACAGCCCCAACACCAGCACAUCCAACUGCUGAGAACCGAAGUCUCCGCCAAAGCUGGAGAAAAGAAAAGUGCGUCUUAGAACGGUGUGGAGACUGAAAGAAAAGGAGGAAUCAGGUUCAGACGAAUGAAGAAUGUUUGGGAAUAAAGUAACAAGUUGCACACAGAUGAGAAGCUGCUGCUGAUGAUGAGAGAGGUAGAGAUAAGAGAGCGCAAUUAAACUAGAAGCAAAAUACUUUAAAGGAAUCUGCACUAAUUGGAGGAAAAAGUGUCUCUCCUUCCAUCAGGAAAUUAAUCACCAAGGCUUAGGAGGCAUUUUCUACCUGACUGCAAACCAUAUAUUAAUAAGCAUCCCUUUAACAAGAACUCUAGUCGAUACCAAGACAAAUGGCAAGACAUAAACACAGACACAUGCCAGGCCUGACCUUACAAUCCAAAUGCAGGACACGGAAUUAAGACCCAGCGCAAACACUGUGUCAAAGGCACACACACACACAUACACACACACCACAUACAACAAUGCACUAAAAUCCACACCACUGAACACUGCCAGAUGGACCAAUUUUUUUUUUUCGAGGAGAAUUCUCUCACUUCUGCACGGAAUGAGAACUGCCAUAUUUUGUGGGAAGCCUAUUCACACUGUUAUCAUGAAUGUCUGCAUUUAAAAACACACAUACACACGAGCUCUUUUGCUCUUUAUCUCUGUCCUGCACACACACACACACACACACACACACACACACACACACACACACACACACACACACACACACACACAAACAUAC